AAACGAGCCAUCCGUGUCACAGUAAGCAGUCCAGAGAGUGACUUCACUUACCCUGUGCUUGUUGUGGUUCGGCAGCAGCGUGGCGUCUUGUCUUGGCAGCUGCCCGUGGAGCCACCUCCUAGCACACGCACCCUAGAAGAAUACAAGCUUGUUUCACGCACGCUCUGUCCUGUGGAAAACUACAAAACUUCCCUCCGAGCCAACCACCUCGACGUCAAACAGCGACUCUUUGUAGACGUGUCGACCUCCUCCCCAAGCUACAUCAACUUUACUGUUAGAGCAGAAUUUGAAAAUGACUUCUUGCUCAAACUCCAUGAGAAGCAGACCUUUGAGGUUACCCCCUCGACUCCCGUUUUCUACGAGUUCCAGUUCCCAGAUCACGUGGAUAUGAUUCUCGUUAAGGCCAAUGCUGAAGAUGAUUUCUGCGCGAUGGUGGCCAUUCAGAAUAUCACGUGCCCUGUAUUUGACAGUGAGGAGAAUAUUAAGUAUGGCAACUUCUACCAGACAAUGACAUACCAAGCUGGCAUCACAAUUCGGAAAGAGAAUUAUCCCAAGGGCCUCUAUGUGAUUGUGGUGAUGCUCUCCAACGACGAGCCGUGUUCAGGGUCAUUCCAACACAUUUUCCGCACGAGGAGGAAGACCGUCACACUUAGCAUUGAGGAGAAAAUUACAAAGCUGGAGUACUUGGCUGCUAUCUUUGCUGGCCUGGGCUUCUGUGCCUUUUUCUACAUUGUAACUGUCAUCCUGGCCUGUGUGUCAUAUAUUAGAGCCAAGAGAAAACAGCCUCGUGAACGAAGCCUUCUUGAUGACUCAAUCAUCACGCCAGAGGACCUCAACUCUUCAGGACCUUCAUAUGGGGCUAUAAAUUCUCAAGGAAGAGAAGAGCCGAAGGAUAGUGGCCUGCCACGUACUGUCUCCGACUCUUCUUUAGAUGAGGAUGACAUCGACAUGCUGACGGAUGCAGAGAGUGAUAAGGACAUUUUCAGAACUAAAACCUUCCUGUACGUGAGUGACCUGGCAAGGAAAGACAUGCGAGUGUUAAAUAAGAAGUCACAAUUGUAUAUCUGGGGCCUUCUUACUGUAGGCGUCUUUUAUGCUGUGCCAGUUAUUCAGCUCGUUAUUACUUACCAGAAGGUGCUAGAUGUAACUGGAAACCAAGACCUGUGUUAUUACAACUUCUGGUGUGCGCAUCCCCUUGGACCACUGAGCGACUUCAAUCACGUCUUCUCGAACAUCAGCUACAUUCUCUUCGGAAUUUUGUUCAUGGGCGUCUGUAUGCGGAGAAGCCAUAGACACAAACAGGCAGUUUUACAGGACUAUAAGAUUGAUAAGUACUAUGGAAUUCCCCAGCAUUUUGGAAUAUUCUACGCCAUGGGGGGUUCGCUAAUCAUGGAGGGAUUGCUUAGCGGCUGUUACCAUAUCUGUCCGAACAACUCCAAUUACCAGUUUGACACUUCCUUCAUGUACGUGAUCUCGGUGAUGUCCAUGCUCAAGAUCUACCAAACGCGGCACCCGGACAUCAACGCCAGUGCCAGCGCUGCCUUUGCUGCUCUGGCAUUGGCUGUCGUUCUGGGGGUCAUCGGCGUGCUGACGGGAACAACGUUAUUCUGGGUGGUCUUUGGCUUCAUCCAUGUGAUCUCAUGCUUGCUCCUCUCAUGCAACAUUUACUACAUGGGGAGGUGGAAGUGCGAUCUGGGUCUGUUUGGACGUAUGAAAACCUGGUUCAUGAGUGAACUAAGUGACUGGCGGGGAAUGUGCAGACCAAUGUAUUGCGAUCGCAUGGUUCUGCUGCUCUUGGGUAAUGCUGCCAACUGGGGUCUGGCAAUCUAUGGGAUGGUUUCCACACCCAAGGACUUUGCCUCGUACCUUCUGAUCAUUUUCCUGACAAAUUUACUGUUAUACAUCGCCUUUUACAUCAUCAUGAAGCUGAGACACCGUGAACGCCUCCAGCUACAGCCAUUGGUUUACCUGUUACUUUGCCUGUUUGGUUGGAGCGCAGCCAUCUUCUUCUACGUGCAUCACACCACCACUUGGGAACUCACUCCCGCACACAGCCGGCAGUUUAACCAGGAGUGCGUCUUGCUUCACUUUUACGACACUCAUGACAUCUGGCAUUUCUUCUCGGCUGCAGCCAUGUUCUUUGGCUUCAUGCUUCUCCUCACCUUAGAUGACGAUCUUGCACACACACCCCGAGAGAAGAUCCCAGUCUUCUAAGUGCCACAAGAAACAAUACGACAGUGAUAUGUAUGUUAUAGUGCGAAGAAGGUGCUCUUAGGAGGAAGCUUGAAUGCAUAGUCUCAAGCACUGUUGUUGUUUUAAGUUUUGCUUUAUUUGUUUCAUUGCCUUGUUUUUUCAUACUUUUAAAAUGUCACUUUUUCAUUCUCUCUUUUUUUUUUUUUUUUUUUUUUCAUCUCUCUCUUCUCUUUUCUUUAAUGAGUUCACUAUUUGGGUGAAGAAUGAUAUACUGGAGGUUAAAGAAUGUAUCUUUUAAUACUAAGCAGGAGAUAUGUUGCUGUUAAAUGUAUUCAUCCUAAAAUAGAAAUGUAAUUUUUCAGUUUUGCCAAAAAACAAACUUUCCUAAAAUUUAUAAUUUAUUUAUUUUUGUAGAAGUGUGUGUUGUAAAAGCAGGGUAUACUUGAUUGACUGUUUGACAUGUGGUGGAACAGUUCAGUCCAAAAAUGUUUUUCUCUUCUAUCUGUACAUAACAUAAAGGCAAUACUUGCAUUUUUCUCCCAUAAAGAUUAUUUUUGUUACUUAUAAGGUUGUGUAUAUUUCUAAGUAGGGCUGAUUGUUCAGCAUUGAGGAUGAUGAUUAAUGGUAAAGAGAGCUUUACAGUUGAGGGAAAUUACUUUCAUCUGAGAAUUUAUUAGAACUAGAAUAUAUUUGAUACUUUUUCUUAAUAAAGAGUUUAUUCCCCUGUAAUGUUUUGUGUCAGGAUAAGAAUAAAAUGCAUGAUAGCCUGGGAAAUGUUACUAGUGGCUGAUGAAAACCCUAUGUUAAUGAUUAAUAGUGUAGAUGUCUCCACAGUGGGUUAUGAUUUCUUUCUGUUGGUCGGAAAAAUUGUGCUUUAAUUCAUAGCUCUCAUGUUUAGGAAUCAGUUGUCAUUGUUAAUGUUCUCAUGGCAGUAUCGGAUGCGUAUGCAAGCUUCUUCUGUAUAUAAAGCUUGCUCUUUACUACCCAAUUGAAGUUCCUAAAGCCAAUUACUAAUUUCAGUAGAUUAUCGUAAAUGAACACUGCUACUGGGCAUUUUGAAUUGGUUCCUCAUAUGAUGUUUUUUCCUUCCCUUUCCAUGUUUUUUUUUUUUUUAUCUAUGUAAAAUCAUUUUGCUUUUAUCUGUUCCUUUUCUUGUGAUUCUUCUCUAUGUGAUGAAAUGAUACGGAAGUUGUAUAUGAAAAAGAGCAGGUAAUUCUGAAAUGGCAUACUUAAAUCUUUAAAAAAUGACACAUCUUACCUUUAUAGAAUAGACUGAAAUGUAAUUGUUCUGUUUUGUGAUAGAAUGAAUGUAUUUUGUAUCUUGUCAUUGUAUUUAAGUGAUUUUUUUUCAUAAUUAAACUGUUGAUUUCAUGAUUGAGUGAGAUAAGAAAGAAAAUGGUGUUCUAAUGGAGGGACAUUUCAUUCUUAAAUGAGGGUAAUAUUUAUAAAUCUGUAUAUGAUGAUUAUCAUACCGGACAUUAUUAAUCUCGUCAAGAUUCAUCAGAUAAUUUGUUAAGAAUGUAUUUGAUUUAGAAUACUUUUACAUGUCCCACGAACGAGCAAAAGUCAUACUGUUGCAUCUUGCUGUGGUGCAUUUUCCAUUUUCUUCCCAAUGA